CACGAAGACCCCCGCCCCUUCCUGCCUCGCCUUCUCUUCCUCCCCACCGCCACCCGCGCGGCAGUGUGAUUCCAGAGAGCGCGGGCGCCGGCCGCAGCUGCAGCGUCAUCGCUGACUCUGAGCGGCCGCUUCGAGUCCAGCCUCCUCCCUCCCGGAACAGCGCGCGGCGGCACCGACCGACACCAGCGCCGGUUUCUGCGCGUGCGGCGGCGCUUCAGUCCGGCCCCGGAGCCUCGCGGCGCAGCAGUAGCAGCGCGAGCCGGCGCGCGUUGAGUAGCAGGAUCCGCCUCCCCCGCUCCCACCCCUCCUCCGCGCGGCGCGUCUCGCUCCGCGCUGCUGCAGAAACAAAGGAGAGGGGCCGCGGCGGCGCGAGCUCCUUGCCGGGCCGGGACUUGCCCCGCUCGCGCCGGGACAGCCACCCCUCCCCCCCCCGCCGCCGCCUUUGUCUGGCCUCAGCAGAACCGACCGCUCGCCCGGGGCCCUCGCCAGCGGCCUCUUCGAGCAGCACAGAAAUGGCUCAGGAGACGAACCAGACCCCAGGGCCCAUGCUGUGUAGUACCGGAUGUGGAUUUUAUGGGAAUCCUAGGACAAAUGGAAUGUGCUCCGUCUGCUACAAAGAGCAUCUUCAACGACAGCAGAAUAGUGGCAGAAUCAGUCCAAUGGGAACAGCCAGUGGUUCAAGCAGUCCUACCUCAGACUCUGUAUCAGUUCAGAGAGUAGAUGCUAGCUUAAACUGUGAAGGUGCUGCUGGCAGCACAUCUGACAAAUUAAGAAAUGUACCUGUUGCCGCCUUGCCCGUAACACAGCAAAUGACAGAAAUGAGCAUUUCAAGAGAGGAAAAAGUAACACCGAAAACAGAGACAACAGAGCCAGUUGUUACUCAACCAAGUCCAUCAGUAUCUCAGCCCAGUACUUCUCAGAAUGAAGAGAGUGCUCCUGAAUUGCCCAAGCCAAAGAAGAACAGAUGCUUCAUGUGCAGAAAGAAGGUUGGCCUUACAGGGUUUGACUGCCGAUGUGGAAACUUGUUUUGUGGACUUCACCGUUACUCUGAUAAGCACAACUGCCCAUAUGACUACAAAGCAGAAGCUGCAGCUAAAAUCAGGAAAGAAAAUCCAGUUGUUGUGGCUGAAAAAAUCCAGAGAAUAUAAACUAAACUACUUGUGAAAAGACUGACUUUGUUUUUAUUUUAAUAUAUCCUAGGAAAACAUUAAAGAGCAGAUGCAUGGCCAUUUUCUUUUGAUGUUCUCCAGAGUUUUACUUUAGUCUUGUCUGUCUUAUUGAUAUUUCAGGAUGUUUGGGUGUUCGUUACAGGCAGAAUUGGAUAGAUACAGCCCUUUUAAAAUGUAUAUGCCCUCCCCAGAAUAAAAUUGGAUUAAGACCUGCACAGGACGUUAUAAAUGCACAGAGGACAAAUUGUCUAGUUCGCAUGUGCCAAACAAAUGUAUCAAAUCUGCGUGUCUGCAGCAGAUCUGCCUUUUGGGAAUGUAAUUGAGGUAUAUCAUCUUUAGCUAGUGUUAUGUGCCUGUUUGGGGGAAAAAGAUACACCAGAAAAAAGUUGGCAGUCUACUUCUACCAUAGUUAAAUCUUCUAUCUUUAAUUUCCACAAUUCAUUGUUUUGAAGCAGAAUGUGAGCUCACAUAGGGGAUCCACCUUACAUAGAGGAGUGUUGGUGCCAUAUUUAAGAUAUAGUUAAUGUUUAAUAAAUGCAGCGGGAAAAGUGAGAAAUUGAUACUUAAAGGGAUCCUGGAAAUGACUACGUUAUAUAGUUCAGAACAGGUUCCCAAAGGAAAUGCCCUCUUAGAAACUUCAUGAACUGGCCUGCAACAGAAGGUUUGUCUGCUUUACUCUUGCAUAGCUAAAAAUGUUGUGUAGCAGAAUGCUGUAAGAUUUUUAUUUACAAAAGAAAAAAAGCUGUUUGUUUUUAGAUUUACCACAGCAGCUAUAUCAAGUAACAAUAUGUUGGAAUCUAAGUUGCAAAGAUGUUUGAGCAGUUUAAUUUUUCAUGUAUCUUCAUGUUGGGUUCAAGAGAAUAAGAGCUUUUUUAUUUAAUAGUUUCUUAAAUAAAAUAAGGUGGCACCAUUCUGCAUGGAAAACCAUACCCAACAUGGCUGCUGUAGACUUAAGUGGUACCUGGCACCACUCUGAGGGCUGCUUUAUCAUUUUUAAUUGUAUUUGGGUGUAGGACUGUAGUGUUCUUGGGUGUAUUGCAUGGGCUGCAUUAUCUACAGCAUUGUACAAUAACUCUAGAAAAGGCAGUAUACUUCACUGAUGCUUGUCUGGUAAUAUCACUUCUGUGUUAUAAUGGAAGUUUUUUGUGAUGUAUGAAACUUGUUUUUUAUAUAAACCAGUACAGUUUAGACUAGUGUUGUGGUAAUGCCUGUUCUCAUCUGUAAAUAGUUAACUAUGUACACAAGGCUCUACUUCUGAUUUUUAUUGCAGUGUUCAGUCUUAGUUUUUACUUCACUAUUAAAAGCAUCAGGUUUUUUGCUUUAACUUUGUCCUCCAGUUCUGAGUUAUUAGAUAUACAAAUGUGUACAGAUAGUUCAUAUUUAUGUAUUGCACAUAAUCAUGCUACCCAGCAUCUAUGCUAUGUUGUAUUAUGUAAAUAAUAAAAUCAUGUACAGAGGGAAAUAA